CAUACAAAUUUGUAUUAUCAUAAAACAAAAAGGCCAAUCAAGGUCGCUUACAAAACUGAUAACGCUAUUAGUAAACAUGUAAUUUUUAAAAUUGAUAAACAAGAUUUAUAGAUAUGUAUUAUCUAUACCUAACCCACACCAUCUCACUUGAAAUAUCAACUAUUAUUCAAUCAUUAUCAGAGAUAAGCAGCGAAUUUACUAGUGUGCGUUUAAAACAACAUAACUAUAAGUAAUAAAAUAUAUAUUAUAAAAAAGCAUAAUAAUUUUAUUUAUAGAUUAAGACAUAGAGAAAUUAUGAAAAAAUACCAUUUUAUUCCGCCUAAAUAUAUUCCUUGCAUGAAAUAAAUAUAUUUUUAAAAAAGCGUUAAACAUCGAUUAAGCUUUAUUAAAUUCUUAUCGAUAUAAAAGUAAUUAAAUAGAUCUGGCAACUCAACGGCGAUGUAAACAAAGCAGUAAACAAAUAAGACUUCUUUAAAAUUACAUGGAAUCUGAGUUUUUGUUGCUGACGAAACUGCUUCCCCGUUGGAAGGAUAUAGAAAAUGUGAUCCAGGAUGAAGUCGAGGCACGCUAUAUACUCAAAAGAGCCACUGAUCACAUGGAAAACCUGCAAUCUAGAGGAGAUUCCCAGGCAGAGGAAUCCAGAUACCUUGUAUGUGCCCUGGUGGACAGAAAUUGGGAACGCAUUCACACAGGACAUUUUAGCCAAGUUCCUUUGAUUACAAGGAAGAUAUAUGCCUUGGCUUGUUAUUUCAAGAUUUUUUUCCUACUCCUAGAGAGCACGAGUCCUGCUCAAAAAGAGCUAUGCAGUGGGAUCCUGGAUGAGGCACAGCUCUUGGGAUGCAUGGAUGAUUGGACUGAACUAAAAGCGGCCUUAAUGGAUUAUCUGGAUAAGGGAGGAGAUAGAGAUUCCGUAACUCUGCCCAUUUUGGAACCCUUAACCCGAAUAUCCUGUACCUGUGAUAUACCCCAACUAGAAGCUCCCAGUUUAGAGGAAUUUCAGACAAAGUGCUUUCAAGCAGGACAACCCACACUGCUUUUAAACACUAUCCAACAUUGGCCUGCUCUGGAUAAAUGGAUGAAUCUUAAUUACCUUCUCCAAGUGGCGGGGAAUCGUACGGUGCCCAUAGAAAUAGGGUCCAACUAUGCCAGCGAUGAGUGGUCGCAGCAGCUGGUGAAGAUUCGCGAUUUCCUGAGCAGGCAAUUUGGAGGGGAUACAAAUAAAACCAACCAGGAGAUUGAGUACCUCGCGCAGCACGAACUUUUCUCCCAGAUACCUGCUUUAAAAAAGGAUAUUUCCAUCCCAGAUUACUGUUCUAUAAGUAAAGAGAAUCCUCCGGAGGCUGUGGACAUAAAAGCCUGGCUGGGACCAGCGGGAACCAUUUCACCCAUGCACUACGAUCCAAAACAUAAUCUGCUGUGUCAAGUUUUCGGUGCCAAACGGAUUAUAUUAGCCGCUCCUUCAGACACAGAUAACCUAUAUCCUCAUGAAAGCGAGUUCUUGAGUAAUACCUCUCAGAUAGAUGCCGCCCAUUUGGAUUUGGAUUCCUAUCCUCUGCUGGAAAAAGUCAAGUUCUACGAGUUGCUCCUUCAACCAGGAGACUGUUUGUACAUGCCUCCAAAAUGGUGGCACUAUGUGAGAUCAGAAGCUCCUAGCUUUUCUGUAAGUUUCUGGUGGGAAUGAUAGCUUCUAUCUAAUUGUUAUGCAUUAAAGUUUUGAAGCAACAGGCAAUCAUAA